CUAAGUGAAGCGGCAAUGGACGGCUUGGAGUCUUUGUUGGACGAGGUGGCCCUGGAGGGGCUCGAUGGCCUAUGUCUGCCCGCGCUGUGGAGCCGCCUGGAAACGCGCGUGCCGCCUUUCCCUUUGCCGUUGGAGCCCUACACGCAGGAGUUUCUGUGGCGGGCCCUUGCCACGCACCCAGGAAUCAGCUUCUAUGAGGAGCCUCGGGAGCGACCAGACCUCCAGCUCCAGGAUCGGUACGAGGAGAUUGACUUGGAAACUGGCAUUUUGGAGUCCAGGAGGGACCCGGUCCCUCUGGAGGAUGUCUACCCCAUUCACAUGAUCUUAGAGAACAAGGAUGGCAUCCAGGGCUCGUGUCGGUACUUUAAGGAGAGGAAGAACAUCACCAGCGACAUCAGGACCAAGUCUCUGCAGCCGCGUUGUACGAUGGUGGAAGCCUUUGACAGGUGGGGGAAGAAGCUGAUCAUCGUUGCCUCCCAGGCCAUGCGUUACCGGGCCCUGAUAGGCCAGGAGGGGGAUCCUGACCUGAAGCUCCCCGACUUCUCCUACUGCAUCCUGGAGCGACUGGGCCGGUCCAGGUGGCAGGGGGAGCUGCAGCGAGACCUGCACAGCAGUGCCUUCAAGGUCGAUGCUGGGAAGCUUCACUAUCACAGGAAAAUCCUGAACAAAAACGGGCUCAUCACAAUGCAGUCCCACGUGAUCCGGCUGCCCACUGGAGCCCAGCAGCACUCGAUCCUCCUCCUCCUCAACCGCUUUCACGUGGACAGGAGGAGCAAAUACGACAUCCUCAUGGAGAAGCUGUCGGUGAUGCUGAGCGCACGGAGUAACCGCAUCGAGACACUGGGCAGGCUGAGGGAGGAACUGGGGCUGUGUGAAAGGACGUUUAAGCGCCUGUACCAAUACAUGCUGAAUGCCGGACUCGCCAAGGUCGUGUCUCUUCCCUUGCAAGAGAUUCACCCUGAAUGUGGGCCCUGUAAGACCAAGAAAGGUAAAGAUCCAAGGCUCGGCUCGGGUCCCGGGUAGGCUGGGCUGGGCUGG